AUGGCUGCUAAUGAAUUAAAACUUAAGAUACCAAAACCAACAUAUGAAAAUAAAAUUUGGAAAGGCGUUGAAAUAAAUUUACCGGAAGGAUAUUUUCAAAUUGGAGAAAGAUUGUACAAUCAACUAAAAAAUAAUCCAGAUUUUGUCGGACAGAUUGAUAGUGUGACUGGUGAAAAAAGAUUGUUCAGUAAUAUAAGCGAAAGAAGCAUCAAAUGCGCUCUAUGGUUAAAAAAACAAGGCGUAAAGCCUGGAAGUGUUGUAAGUUUUUGUUCAAAAAAUCAUUUUGACAGAUGUAUCCCAUUAUUUGCUACCUAUUACCUAGGUGCAAUUUUCAAUCCGUGGUGGGAUUGUUGUCUCACUAAUGCCGCCCAAGACGCGGAUCCUUCAGUUAAAAUAAUUAUAUUCGGCAAAAAAGCUGGAUUAAAAUCUUUCGAAGAUAUUUUGCAGGAAAAUAUUAAUGAACUAGAUAAAUUUCAGUGUACAAAAAUCAGCAAAGCUGAUGAUCCAGCGCUGAUAAUGUGCACGUCAGGAACAACUGGUUUUCCAAAAGGAGUGUUGCAUUCUUAUGGAUCUGUAGCACACACAAUAAGCUUAUUUCCAAUCAACACUACAACUAAUACGUUUUUAUCUUUCUCUACUCUCUGUUGGAUAUCUGAACUGACACUUGUUUUACGAUCAGUCACUAGAGUUCCAAUGGGAACACACAUUGCUAAUCGGUUUAGUAAAACUCCAGAUAUUUCCAAAUAUGAUGUCACGUCAGUUGCAGAAGUAGUAUUAUUCGGAGCAAGUACAACCAAAGAAGUUAUUCUGUUUUUGGAUAAUUUCUUUGAAAAUGCAGAUAUUUACAACGCAUAUGGAUCCACUGAAAGUUUGAUAGUUACCAUUGGAAAGGUUGAUUCAAGCAAGUCAAAUUCCUGUGGUAAAAUUUGCCCAAACGCUCAGUUAAAAGUUGUUGAUCCACAGUCCAAAGCUACGCUAGGAUUUAAUCAAACAGGAGAGUUAUACUGUCGGAGCAAGUCUUUAAUGACCGGCUAUUGGAAUAACUCAGCAGCAACUGAAGAAGUUAUCGACUCUGAAGGAUGGUACCAUUCUGGUGAUUUGGCUUAUUAUGAUGAAGACGGUAAUUUCUUCAUUGUCGAAAGAAUAAAGGAACUGAUAAAAUAUAAACUUCGCCAUGUAUCUCCAGCAGUAAUUGAGAAUGUAAUAUUAAAUUUGCCCGGUGUUGCAGAAGUAGCAGUGAUAGCAAAGCCAGAUGAUAAUGAUGUUGAAUUACCUAUGGCGUUUGUUAAAAAAAAUCCACUAGUCCAAGUUACUGAGGAUGACAUUCAUCAAAUAGUCAAUGAUAACUUACAUGACAUGAUGAAACUACGAGGAGGAAUUUAUUUCUUAGAGGAAAUGCCGCAUACUGUCACUGGAAAAAUUUCAAGAAAAGAACUUCGAGCAAUGGUUAAAACUCUUGCCGCUUGA